AUGGCGGAAGCGGCUGGUGCUACGGUGGCGGCACGCAUCAUCACAGCCUACAGCUAUGUGGGCCUCUGGAUUGGCCUCAGCGGGGCGGUCAUCAUGUUCAACAAGUACCUCCUGGCGUACGCCGGGUUCCCCUAUCCCAUCACGCUGACCAUGUGGCACAUGUUCUUCUGCGCCACCCUGGCCAUCGGCCUGGUCAAGUCUGGAAAGGUGGCCGCCAUCAACAUGGAUCGUGACACCUACAUGAAGGCCAUCGUCCCCAUCGGGGCGUGCUACGCCUUCAGCCUCUGGGUGGGCAACGCCGCGUACCUGUACCUCUCUGUCUCCUUCAUCCAGAUGCUCAAGGCGCUGAUGCCCGUGGCAGUGUUCCUGGUGGGCUGCGUCUUCCACACCGAGUCCUUCUCCUGGCCAGUGUUCGCCAACAUGGUCCUGGUGACCAUUGGCGUGGCGGUGGCCUCCUAUGGCGAGAUCAACUUCAACAUCGUGGGUGUCAUGUUCCAGAUGGGGGCCAUUAUGUCCGAAUCGGUCCGCCUCGUCCUGGUCCAGAUCCUGCUUCAGUCGCGCGGCCUCAAGCUCAACCCCAUCACCACGCUCUACUACGUUGCGCCCUGCUGCUUCUUCUUCCUCCUCUUCCCCUUCAUCUUCCUGGAGGCGAAUGCCAUCCGUGCCGACCCCACAGUGUCGGUCGACCCCUUCCUCUUCCUGGCCAACGCUUCGGCAGCCUUUGGUCUGAACAUGGCCGUCUUCCUGCUGAUCGGCAAGACCUCCGCCCUGACCAUGAACAUCGGUGGUGUGGUCAAGGACUGGAUGCUGAUCGGGCUGAGCUACUGGGUGUACGCGUCGGCGGUGACUCAGCUCAACCUCAUCGGCUACCUGCUCGCCUUCCUGGCAGUUUGCUGGUACAACUACACCAAGUUCCAGUCGAUGAAGGCCAAGGCUGCGAUGGACAUCAGCAAGCCGGAGCCCCCAAUCCCGGAAACGGUGCCGCUCAAGUCGAUCGGCAUGCGCUCGCCCACCAGCGCCCACCGUGCUGCCUGA